CACAAGCAUUACCUUUGCAAAAUCUCUUGGCUGUGCUCUUUUCCACUUCCGUUUCUGGCCUCCCAAAAUGCCACGCUUCGUCCUCGCAACAAUCUCUCUCUAUCUCUCUGCGAAUUUGCGGCUUGGUAAGUCAUAGUACCCGAAAGCUUUUGUUCAUGAUGAGCUAGUUUUAGUCGAGAAUACUACAAGAAAAUGGCAAGACCCUCUUGUUCUGUUCUUGCAAUUGUCCUCCGCUGUAGUUUCGGUUGUUCUGUAAGACUUGUGUUGGUUCCGCGAUAAGGGGUCUGUUCUUUAUAAGGAAGCGGUUCGGGGAUUGGGUCUUUUGGGUCAGAAUUGGAUUUGCUUCUUGUAGAGCACCUGAAGAUAUGAAUAGGAAGUUGAUGGAUACUGUGCUGAAAACGCAUAAUCAGCAUGGGUUCUUGCGCCCAGUUUGUGGGUUCUCAGAAACUGUUAGCAUUUUGAGCUCAUCAAAGCUUCAAAACCAGGAGCUCAGGCUUAGUUCGAGGAAGGGUCAUUUGAGAAGGGCUAAGAAUGGGUGUAUUAGGGCAAGCAGUACUGCUCUUUUGGAGCUUGUCCCAGAAACCAAGAAGGAAAACCUCGAUUUCGAGCUUCCCAUGUAUGACCCAUCGAAGGGCCUCGUGGUGGACCUAGCCGUGGUGGGAGGUGGCCCUGCGGGGCUCGCCGUGGCUCAGCAAGUGUCAGAGGCGGGACUCACGGUUUGCUCCAUUGACCCAUCCCCCAAGUUGAUUUGGCCCAAUAAUUACGGCGUGUGGGUGGAUGAGUUUGAAGCCAUGGACUUGCUGGAUUGCCUAGACACUACCUGGUCCGGGGCAGUCGUGUUCAUUAAUGACCAAACGAAGAAGGAUCUUGGAAGGCCUUAUGGCCGAGUUAAUAGGAAGCAACUCAAGUCCAAGAUGCUCCAGAAAUGCAUAUCGAAUGGUGUUAAGUUUCACCAAGCCAAAGUGAUCAAAGUCAUUCAUGAAGAGGCCAAGUCUUUGAUCAUAUGCAAUGACGGUGUCACAAUCCAAGCCACAGUGGUUCUUGAUGCCACUGGUUUCUCCAGAUGUCUCGUUCAAUAUGAAAAACCCUACAAUCCCGGUUACCAAGUGGCAUAUGGGAUACUGGCAGAAGUGGAAGAACAUCCCUUUGAUGUGGAUAAGAUGGUUUUCAUGGACUGGAGAGACUCGCACCUAAAGGGUGAUAUGGAAUUGAAAGAACGAAAUAGCAAGAUCCCCACUUUUUUGUACGCCAUGCCAUUCUCUUCGAACAGGAUAUUUCUGGAAGAAACUUCCCUAGUAGCUCGGCCUGGAUUAGCAAUGGAAGAUAUUCAGCAAAGAAUGGUGGCUAGAUUAAAGCACCUGGGGAUAAAGGUGAAGGCCAUCGAAGAAGAUGAGAGAUGCAUCAUCCCAAUGGGUGGGCCCCUUCCUGUGCUCCCUCAGAGAGUUGUUGGCAUAGGUGGUACAGCUGGAAUGGUGCAUCCUUCCACGGGUUAUAUGGUGGCGAGAACGCUAGCAGCAGCUCCAAUCGUCGCAAAUUCCAUAGUAAGUUAUCUUGGUUCCGACGGGGGUGUUUCAGGCAAUGAAUUAUCCGCAAAGGUUUGGAAAAAUUUGUGGCCCAUAGAAAGGAGGAGACAGAGGGAGUUCUUCUGCUUUGGUAUGGAUAUUUUGCUUAAGCUCGAUUUACCGGGUACGAGGAGAUUUUUCAAUGCAUUUUUCGAUCUAGAACCUCAUCACUGGCACGGGUUCUUGUCGUCUCGAUUGUUUCUGCCAGAACUCAUUUUUUUCGGACUCUCGUUGUUUUCACAUGCUUCCAGUACGUCAAGGGUAGAGAUUAUGGCGAAGGGAACGUUACCGCUGGUAAAAAUGAUGGGCAAUUUGAUACAGGACAGAGAAUUCGAUGACUAGAGUCUAGAUUUAGUGCAAUCUUUGCUGUAUGCUUCGAUGUGCGCACACACACAUCUUCAUGUUAACUUACAGGUACUGCAGAACAUGUCAAUAUGAGUACCACGAACGAGCUAUUAGACUAGCUGAUAUUCGCAUUUGAUCACACUUUCAGUGUAAUAUUUUUUUCCUUUGUAAGACAGAGGUGCUCUCCAGUAUCCAGAGGUUCAUGGAUUAAUAAUAGUGAAUAUCUGUGUAGUGGAGCUUCUGUAUCGCUUUGGUACUAUGAUAGAAAUGUUCACUGGCUAAUCAUCUA